UGCUGUGGCCAAUGAUGAUGGAGUAAUCAUUUGUUUUACAAGGGGGCAAAUUUGUUUAACCGCACAUGGGGGCAAAGUUGAUCAGGAAUACGCUGUUACAAUUAUUCGGUUUCCUUAUGUUACACAGUGUAUAGCCAUUAGUCGGCUAUUUAUAACGUUACAGGAAAACGAAUUAUUUCCAUUUCAACAAUCGCGAGCUCAGUACGUAUUGCUUAUCAUAAAAUUAUUAGUUUUAAUUAAUAAAAAUGUACACUGCGCACAUUUUCGUCAUUGCUUUAGCUGUUUUGGUCUCAAGAGUUGUCUCCGAAGAUGUUAUUCCAACCAAAAUCAAUGGACAAUCAUUGUCAAUGCCGACUGAUGAUUUAUGCACAAAAGCCGGGUUUGUUAAGGUACCGACCCCUAUACCCACUACAGCCAAUGACUCCAAACUCGAACCGACAACUGAACCUACCGUCGCUCCCAUAUCAGGACCAUCCACAUGCAAAAAGAUGUCAACAGCUGACAUCGUGUUGACAGUAAUCGGGGUUAUUGCUGGCGUGAUCCUUUUGGGUUUCUUAGGACAAUACUUCUAUAAGAAACAGAAAACUCAAUAAUAUUAUUGUAAAUAUUCUACCUGGUGCAAAGGUUGACCAUCGCUAUACAACGUGGUAAUGCGGCAAUUCUGAUGGGCACCUUCGCACCCGGGAGGUAUAAAUUUCUCACCACACCAACUGGUAUUCGAAAACAGAUAGCAAAAUUUCAUUUUAUCCAUAAGAGUGGAAAGUAAUCAUACAAAUUUUAACUUGAUGUCUUAAGCUGGCUGGUAGAAUUUACCUAUAAAUG